AUGAGGAUGCCGGUGGGUGCAGCCGCGGGGGAAGACGGGGCCGCGCAGAGCCCCGGCCCCGCCGCCGUCUCCCUGGGCUUGAGCGUGGCCGUGGUCUCCAGCCUGGUGAACGGUUCCACCUUCGUGCUGCAGAAGAAAGGCAUCGUGCGGGCGAGAGGACGAGGUACUUCAUAUUUAACAGAUAUAGUAUGGUGGUCUGGUACUAUUGCAAUGGCACUUGGUCAAAUUGGGAAUUUCUUGGCCUACACUGCAGUUCCAACUGUGUUAGUGACUCCUCUAGGAGCUCUUGGCGUUCCAUUUGGGUCCAUUUUAGCUUCUUACUUACUGAAAGAAAAACUCAACAUUCUCGGCAAGUUGGGAUGUCUGCUGAGCUGUGCUGGGUCUGUUGUUCUCAUAAUCCAUUCCCCAAAAUCUGAGAGUGUAACAACUCAGGCUGAACUUGAAGAGAAGCUUACAAAUCCAGUGUUUGUGGGCUACCUCUGCAUAGUACUUCUCAUGCUUCUCCUGCUUAUCUUCUGGAUAGCGCCAGCUCAUGGACCCACUAAUAUUAUGGUUUACAUCAGUAUUUGCUCACUGUUGGGCAGUUUCACUGUGCCCAGCACAAAAGGCAUUGGGCUGGCUGCUCAAGAUAUCUUUCACAAUAAUCCAUCAAGUCAAAGAGCCUUGUACCUCUGUUUGGUUCUUCUGGCAGUGUUAGGAUGUAGCAUCAUCAUUCAGUUCAAGUAUAUCAAUAAGGCACUGGAAUGUUUUGACUCAUCUGUGUUUGGUGCCAUCUACUACGUCGUGUUCACCACUUUAGUCCUGCUGGCCUCAGCCAUCCUUUUUAGGGAGUGGAGUAAUGUGGGAGUGGUAGAUUUCUUGGGGAUGGCUUGUGGAUUCAUCACUGUAUCUAUUGGAAUUGUUCUUAUACAAGUCUUCAAGGAGUUCAACUUCAAUAUUGGGGAUUUGAAUAAACCUAAUGUGAAGACAGAUUAAAAUCAUAUUUGAGGGGAACUGGAUGGCUCAGGGAAUGAUACAGAGCCUUCCAUUUCUAGGUCACUGAUUCCAUCAUGAUUGAGAUUGGCAGACGUUACCCUCUGAGAGAGUGGUAGCUUGUGUGAAAUGAAUUGGUGGCCUACAUCCAGUUUUAAUGGACAGUUAUCCACAUACCCAAAAUCACCAUAAUAAGUUGACAUUAAUUGGUAUCAUUGCUGACUGUCUCAGCAGGAAGGCUAAGGAAUGAAUCAGCAUAGAGACUGAUGUAUCUCCUUGCCCCUAAAAAGCUGAUCGAUCCAGAAAAGGUUUGAUGACAUUCUGGCAGGCCAGUGUAGUAAAUCUUUACAUUAGACUGCCUGUGAUGUACUCGUUCUGUGGACAGAGAACAUCAGUUUCCAAUGCACUCAGUCUGGCACCUUUCAUGAAUGGUGUAUGCCCUAAAAAAAAUUGUAAGCAAAUGGAACAAUUCUAUUAAUUUCCUUAAAACAGCAAUGUGUUCACUGUCCAGGCUGUCAAUUGUGAAACAAAUUUUGAUUUGAAUUGUGGACUACAGGUUUGUCCUUUGUACAGUAACUGCCUCUGUAAUUUGGACAGACACAGGUGAAUGCACUGGGGGGUUCUAAAUUAAGUCAUUGGUAUAGCGGAGUGCAUCUAACCCUUAAAAUCUUCCACUACUUACUUAUCAACUGAAACUAGCUCACAGAUCCAGCUGGAACUAGCAUCCAGAUUACAGGUAUACCUUUUAUUCAUAACUCUUUUAAGUGCAUUAAGACAUACAGCAUUCAUCCAAGAGCUUUUCACGGUUAAUGGAUAGGAAGAGCAUGAAGGAUGUGGAAGUGAUGCACAGUCUUCCUGUAUACAUGGUGGGUUAUCCAGUGCCUUUGUAAUCUAAAAAUAUCACUUAAUUUGAAUGUUUGUUUCUGAGAGCUUGUAACAGGUUAGAAUAAUCCAGUUUUGUUGUCUGUAAUAUUUGGCUGUACUCAAAUUAUAAGCAUGUAAAGCAGACAGAAAGGUAAGAAUAUUUUUGGAAAGGUUACAAGCCUGAAGUCAAUGCUGAGAUGUUUUGGUGGCUUCUGUGAACAUCUAUAAUCAUAAUGAGAAGUAACUGAUAAGAGGUCUACUUACAGCAAUCCAGUAUAUGUAGAAUCCAGUUAUACAACAGAAUAUAGGAAAUUAUUUAAUAAAGUAGCUAAUUGACAAAAUUGUUCUUCAGAACAGGAUAAUGAGUAAAUGGACUUAUAUGUCACUAGAUUGCCGAUUAUGAAAUCAGGCUGUGAACUGGCACUGUUAUGAGCAAAAAGUUUGUGAGAAGCACAGGUGUGAGAUUUCUUGAUUAAUUUAGAAGAAGGAUGGGUAAGAUUAUGGCCUUUAGAAAGGUGGAGUUGAGUAAUCCAGUACACACGCAUUCAGAUCCAGUAUUUCACAGCUGUGUUGUAGUUCAGCAGCAGUAUUUUAAAGGCUUGUGCAAGUGGCUCAAGCCAUGGUACAAAUGAUUCUGAACUGAUUGGUUUAGAUUACCUGGAUUACAGUAUAUUAAUGUAUCAAACAAUAGGAGAAAUUACUGAUAUUCACUAAUAUUUAGAAGGGUGUAUUGAUCUUGUCUUUGGAGUGAAAAUAAUUUUCAUGGAACAAUGUAAUCAGUGAUCAUUAUAAACAUAAUGUCAUUGGAAGAGUGUACCAAAGGCUUGAAAAUAUGUGAGAGAAAUUCUUUUGUUUUAAGUUUGGAGAUAAAAGUAGAUUUGCAUAGCAUAUGACUAUAGAACACUUGGCAGUCCAGAGUGUCUCAUGAGACAAAAUGCGGGGUCACCAGACACCAUUUGAGAAGGUUACAAAUGUCAGUCUAUAACAAGAGGUCAAGAACAGUAUCACGUAGUUAAGUUUGUGGGCUAGCAGUAGGUAAUGCAAACCUUGGUUAUUUAGAGGUGUUGCUAACUCUCAAUAAUUGGUGUUUUGUUUUAAAACCCCAGCUCACUGGAGUCAUGUGACUACUUGAGACUCUUGGUUUUUGAUUUAAAAGAAAAGUAAGUUGCUAGCCCUCAUAGUUACAGAGAAAAUCAUGAAAAUGCAACCUCAGGGAACACUAAAGGCUCAAAAACCUGAAGGCAAAUAAAAAGAACCUCAAGUGUAUUAUUUUUA